AUGUCUCAACAAGAUACAAAUAAACAAACGUCUAUGAAUGCAAUUAACAAUAAUUCGUCAUGCAUAGCUAAUCAACGUAAAAUAUUUUCUAAUACAAAUACCAACAGAAAUAAAAGACGUUCUAUCGCUCGACACUCGUCCCAUCGAUCAGUAAAUGAGCAACUAUUGAAAAUUAUAGAUGAAUUAGAGAAGUUAAAUCAAAGAAUGGAACGUGAUAGCAAAGCUGACGAUUUGCAAUAUGUGAUACUUGGAUUCAUAGUCAUUUGUGGUAUCAUAAUAUUUUUGAAUAAAUGA